AUGGAGUCGCUUGGCGAGGAACCCUACGAUGUUGUGAUUUGCGGCACUGGGCUGCAGCAGUCACUGCUUGCGCUCAAGGACACAAAAAUCAAUCUGACUGACCUAGCCGCGACCUACGAUGAAAGAGCCUUGUCUAGGUCAAACAAGCGUAUUUUACACCUGGACCCAAACGACUACUAUGGACAACAUGAAGCUGCCUUGAGCCUGCAGGAAGCUGACAGCUUUGCUGUCUCACAUGGGAAUGCUCCGGCGGCGGCCGAUGAGGGCGCUGCCAAGCCAAAGGACGGCAUCUUUCGUAAUGCUUCAACGUGGAAGCACCCCGAAGCUGAAGCAAACGGGCUGGGUUACCCUCGCGCCUACUCUCUCGCUCUGGCCCCGCAGAUUGUUCAUACCAGGUCCAAGUUGCUCUCGCAACUCGUCUCGUCUCGGGCUUAUCGACAGGUCGAGUUCCUCUCGGUUGGCUCGUUCUUCAUCUACGAGCCCUCCAGGGGAGAAGAAGGACCCGCAAAACUUUCGCGCAUUCCCAGCAGUCGUGAGGAUGUCUUCUCCAGCUCAUCGAUUCCCGCCAAAUCCAAGCGAGCCUUGAUGAAGUUCAUGAAAUUCGUCAUCGACUACAACUCGGAAGAACAGAGAGAAUCUUGGCAGCCACAUGCCGACUCGCCUCUCUCGGAAUUUUUGACGUCCCAGUUCAAAUUGGACGACAAUUUACGAAACUCCAUCCUCGCCCUGACAUUGACAAUAGAUGGAAACAUCACCGUCAAGGACGGCUUGGCAGCUAUCAGCCGCCACCUCACAUCGAUAGGAGUCUUUGGCCCCGGCUUUUGUGCCGUCUACCCAAAAUGGGGCGGUUUGUCUGAAGUGGCACAAGUUGCCUGCCGUGCAGGAGCUGUUGGCGGAGGAAUCUAUAUGCUCGACACCGGAAUGAAAAUCAAGCCCGAUGGCGAACAAGACCUUCUCAGCCUAGACUUGACCAACGAGAUUUCCGUUCAGGUCCGAACCUUGUUCUCAUCGAUGGAUGUCGCAGCAGAUGGCCAAGCAAUCAGCAGACUAAUCGCUGUGGUAAAGUCGCCUCUGCGGAAUCUUUUCAAGGCUGUGGUUGAAGGCGCUCCCACGCCUGCAGUCACCGUGGUGGCUUUUCCGUCGGGCAGCAUACAAUCCUCAGAUGCUUCGGCCGACUAUCCUGUGUAUGCCCUUGUCCAUUCGAGUGAGACGGGAGAAUGUCCCAAUGGUCAGAGUACCAUAUAUCUUACUACGGUGGCCUCAACUUCUUCAAAAGAAACGCUCGAGAAGGCGCUGGAGCUCUUGCUUGCCUCGUCUGGAGAUGAAGAGACACCAAUCAGUUUGUACCGUUUGUAUUAUGAACAAGCAAAGAGUGCAACGGCGCCCUCAACAGAAAUGAUGGGCUCAGUGCCACAUUUCUCUUUUCCCUCCCUCCCGCUCGAGCUUGCCUUUGGAGAUGCCAACCUCGAUGUAGUGUUGGACGCCUGGAAGGUAGCAUCCGGUGAGGAAGCACAAGAGAGUGAAUAUAUGAUAUUCGAGGAUCGAGAGGGCGCCGAUGCCCAUGAUGAUGACAUGUAUGAAUAA